AUGGCUUUGUGGCCAUUUAGGAGGAAAAGCGGGCGCAAACGCACGAGAAGCGGCGCCGCCCUUUCCGACGUUGAAGGCCCACCACGAAGUCAAACGGCAGACGCUGCCGUACCAGUGUCCACCAAGCGAACGCCAUCACAGAAGAAACAACGCACAGAGACAGAGCCCACGAAGCUACACCGCCGCUCGCGGACCUACAGUUUCUCGCCUGGCCGCCAUGACUCCAUCAGGGUUGACGGCAAGGGUACGUCUGCCCAGGCCACCGCAGUACGCGGGAAGAGGUUUUCGCCCGGCGACCAAAUAGACGAGGAGAGAGAAGAAGAUUCUCAAUGGCAGCGUGUCCCGACGCUGUACGGAACGCGUAAUGGCGACAAGAUGUCGAGGAGGAAGAGUAGCAAGAGGAGGAGGGACGACCACGAUCGUGAGGCCGAACUCAAGGCCAUGAGUAACUUUGUCCCAGUCAGACCGUCUGCCGAGGCAUGGACAGCGGGCAGGCCGAUGAAGAAGGACAGUAAGAGGGUAAGGACGGGCGGCAGGGGCUCAGGCGCCGUAUCGGAAGUUUCGCUGCCCAUCCCCGAAUCAAUUCACUCGAGCAUGUCAUCCGACUCGGAGCAUGCCUCGUACAGGAUCUCCGCUCUCGAGGCGUUAGCCCCUCGCCCGACUCUACGGUAUGCGACGCAUCCCCGAUGGGCUCCCGGCAACAGCACGGAUCCCACCAGGUCUACUUCGCAGAGGAACAAGCUGGCUGAAAGAGCGAAUCUGCCUGAGGCGACAUUAAAAUCUCACAAGCGGAUCGACAGUCUUGCAGAUGAUCUGGGUGCCUCCGAUCUACGCGAACUAAUGGAACGCGACAAUAGGAGGAGGGAGAGGAAACGUCAGCGCGAACAAGAGCACACGGAAAGGAGGCUUGCAAGACGGGCAGAAAAGCAGCGCGAAGCCGAAGCCUCAGCCUCCAAGAGCGGUACCCCACCGCCGCAAAAUCUGGAACGAGGUGUCAUGGGUCGCGAUGUAGUCGGCCUCGGUAUUGAUACAACGUCAGCCGUGGUGACUUCGUCACGGCGGCGAUCAUCAGAUGCUUCACGCAAGCGGCAAAUUCUAUCACCAGAACAGGGACAUGCAUCACCAGGAGCGCGAAACCACCGCUGA